AUGGGAGUUUGCUUAUCUUGCUUAAGACCCGAACUUGAAGACGAUGAGUAUAAUGAAAGAACUUCGCUUCUCGGUCAGCAGAAUAGAUUUUCUGACGAGAACAUACAAGAGGAGCUCUUCAAGCAACAGCAACGUCAAUCUGAAUUGAACGGCAUAGUAAACGAACUUUCUGAUAACUUAAUUGAUGUAUCCACAUUCUUAAGUCUGAACACUACUAUAAAUCAAAGCGUAGGCAACAUAACUGAGGCAGGUGAAGAAACUGUAGACGAUGAGAAUGAAACUGGGACUUUGAGUAAAAGGGCGAGGAGUAAAAUUUUAGAAGACGUAGAAAAUUUAGAUAAUGAAGUUAAGGAAAGUUGUAAAGUAGAAUUAACAGGCCCAUUAUUCUUGGAGUUUAAAUAG